AGACGGCGCUGGUCUCACUUGUUGGUGAACAUCCUUUUGGCGCGGUGCGUGUUGAUAAGUUGCGAGAACGUUGUUCACGGGAUCGAGAAAAACUGUACGUUGUUAUUUUCUACAGGAACCUAGUCACACUGAAAAUGGUGAAAGAACUAGAAGCCGAUACAUCUAAGGCUGAUUUCGAUGUGGAGCUGUCCAAAUACCCAGGCAAGGUCGUGGUGGUUGACUUCCAUGCCACAUGGUGUGGUCCAUGCAAGAUGAUUGCUCCUAAACUAAAAGCAAUGGAGGAAGAAUGGAAAGAUAAGUUGGUGGUGCUGAAAGUGGAUGUAGAUGAUUGUGCGGAAAUAGCUGAGAAAAUGGGUAUAUCUGCCAUGCCUACAUUUUUUAUAUUUAAAGACGGUAAUAAGGUUGGUGAUGUGGUAGGAGCAAAUGAGGCAAAGUUAAGGGAGACAAUUACUGCACUGCUCUAAGCUGACUGGCUAUGUGUAUUCACAUUUCUACUUUUGGAAGGACACAUUACACGGGGGACAAUAUGUGUUGGAACAGCACCUUUUUUGGUGAAUGAAAUCCUCAUAUCAUCAGUGCUGACAUUGGCCUGGAUCCGUCACUUAUUUCUCACACCAAAUUAUCACUGUGCAAGUUAAGAGUGUUUACAUUUUCCUUCUAUGAACCAGGUUUACCAUAAGAGUUAUCGAUGCUUCAUCUGAACAUUGUAGUUUGAAAAUAAAUCUUUGUCAUAUUUAUUAA